UGUGUCUGGUCUGUAAACCCGGGCGGCAUCGUGGCGGGUGCGGGCGAGCCCACGCUGCGCGGCGACUCGGACCUCUUGAGUGUGAGACCGUGUCCCUGUGUGUCACCAACGCGCACACUGAUAUGAACCCCACUUCGACGUGCGUGUCAUGGCUUAAAAAUAGAUGCUAAUCCGUCAGCCGGUUCUGGCAGCCAGCGGCAGCAGCCGGGGCGGCAGCAGCCGGGGCGGCGGCGGCGGCGGCGGCUGCGGCGGCGGCGGCGGGAGAGUCAUGGCCGUGAAGCUGCCUGCGCCUGCGAUCGGCCUCGGGAACUGAGACCCCGCACCCCACGCACGGAGAGCAACAGCUACCUGGUGACCAGCCCCAUCGUCACCGCAGCCAUCGUGCAGCUGCCAUAGUUCCUGCCGCCUCUAAGAUGUGCCCUGGUAACUGGCUCUGGGCUUCCAUGACUUUUAUGGCCCGCUUCUCCCGGGGUAGCUCAAGGUCUCCUGUUCGCACUAGAGGGAGCCUGGAGGAGAUGCCAACUGUUCAACAUCCCUUCCUCAACGUCUUCGAGUUGGAAAGGCUCCUCUACACAGGCAAGACAGCCUGUAACCACGCUGACGAGGUCUGGCCAGGCCUCUACCUUGGAGACCAGGACAUGGCCAACAACCGCCGGGAGCUUCGUCGCCUGGGCAUCACCCACGUCCUCAAUGCCUCACACAGCAGAUGGCGAGGCACACCUGAGGCCUAUGAGGGACUGGGCAUCCGCUACCUGGGUGUCGAGGCCCAUGACUCGCCAGCCUUUGACAUGAGUAUCCACUUCCAGACGGCUGCUGACUUCAUCCACCGGGCGCUGAGCCAGCCAGGAGGGAAGAUUCUGGUGCACUGUGCUGUGGGAGUGAGCCGAUCUGCCACCCUGGUGCUGGCCUACCUCAUGCUGUACCACCACUUCACCCUCGUGGAGGCCAUCAAGAAAGUCAAGGACCACCGAGGCAUCAUCCCCAACCGGGGCUUCUUGAGGCAGCUCCUGGCCCUGGACCGCAGGCUGCGGCAGGGCCUGGAGGCAUAAGAGGAGGGGGAAGAAGUCAGGCCAGGCCCCUGGGUAGGUCCCUGACUCCCAGAUGGAGUGAGGAGGCCCAGGGGGCAAGUAACAGAUAGUGCAAGUAGCCCAUUCUCUCCUAGUGGCAGGAGAGUGAGUGGUCAGGGAUGGAGCCUUUGUGGGAGGGGAUGUGAAGUGAGGUUUGGCAGUGUGGUUGGUGGAACCCAGGGUCUGUUGACCAAGAAAGGAAGCAGGUAGAUUGCAGGUGGAAGAUGGUCCUAGGACUCAAUUCGGGCACUGCUGGAUUCCAGCCAAGGUGCUCCCAGUGACUCACAGUUCCCUCCCCUCUUUGUGCUCAAGUGUUCCCCUCUCUCUUACCAAAAUGAAAGGGCCAUCUCUGUCCUGUGUCUGAGCAGGGAGUUAGAGAUGCACCAAGCACAGAUGUGAUGGUAUAGAGUUGUGACAGACGGUGCAGAGAUGGUGUGAGAAGCUGUGAAGCCAGAGGGAGAAACCCACAGACUUGUUACUCCAAUCACAGGAAGAGUAGGUGUGUGAGGGUUGGCAUGGUGCUUAUGAGAGCUGCCUGUGAUCAAGACUAUUACAGAGGUGCAUGACUAGGUGGUCAUUCACUUACUGGAUUUGGGUGUCUGGAGGAAAAAUAAAGAUGAUGGAAAAGAGGAGAGCUUCUCAAUGUCAUUGACAGUUUGGAAGAGUUCUGUAUCUCUCCUGGGAACCCCAACCUUGCUAGGCAUAGCAGCAGUUCCUGAUCCCCUCCUUUUGGUGAUCAGCUUCCCCACCUUGAAAACCUUCAUCAGUUCUUGUGGAACCCUGGAAAAUCUUCAGCUGUUAUUUCCAGGGAGUCCACAAAGGGGCAGUAAAGGACCAAAAACUUUAGGUUUGCGACCACUUCUUGUUGCCUAGAAAGCACUUCCUCCAUCUUCCGAGCUUAAAAUAGGUCCCUAUUCACAUGCUCAAAUGCAUAAAAAAUAUGUUUAUUUCUAAAAAAUCAACCUCAUUUCCAUAUCAGGUCCCCAUCCUGAUGAGAUAACAUUCUGAUAAGAAAUCCAACCCAACUGUAAAUCUACAUUUAGGGGUUUGUAUUUUGCCUGGUGCCAAGGUAUUGAGGGGGCGAGGGAGAGGUGAUGUAAUUGCUUUCUCUUCUGAUCUUUACAGGCUUGCUUCAGAGGAAUGCAACAGUCUCAUUAGUAAGCUUAAUAAAAAAAAUUAGACUCAGAGCUGGGAGUGUACCUUAGUGGUAGAGCAUUUUCCUGAUACAUACAAGUUCCUGGGUUGUAUCCCAAAACCACCACCACCACCACCACCAAAAAAAACAAAAGAUAUAAAACCCAACCACAGUCAGUCAGUAUUUGAUAAGCAUUCUUUCUCUUACUUCAUCUCUUGCAAUCUUGUGAUGGCCCUUCCAUGGCUUGAAGCCAGCUUUCGUAGUUACUUCUGUCUUGCUACUUUGGGUCUAACAGGUCUGAUUGUUUCCAGUAGUCUGUGCUUAUCAUAUUUUCAGUUUCCUCACCAGCCUUGCCCAUACUAGGUUCCCUGUAGGAACCAGAACUCCAGAUCUCUCAGAAUUUGUAGGUCUCAAUGCUCCAGGCUGAUACUCAUAAGAUGGAGGCAAACUCUGUUAGCUGGAGUGUCAAAAUUCCCUCACUGUCGAGAGACAAUUCAUCUAAGGAAUAGCAUGAGGUCUUCAUUAGAUGAUGUUAAAAUGGGUUGAUUUCCUAUCACAACUGUGGGCCAGAAAAAUUACAUAUAACUAAAAAGAAUCUCAAAAUAACUCAGGCUCUUAGACAAACUGCAACUAGAAACAGAUGGGUAAAGAAGACAAUUGUCAUCUCCUUUGUUUCAGCCUAGAAAGGACAGUACUACUAAUGUAACUGAACAGCCACAACCAUAUUUGUUCAGUCUGAUUGUACCCUAGACUGUUUGUGAUGAACUAAUUUGAGAAUUUAACUCUAACUUCUAGUAAGGAAUUACAGCUACAAAAGUAUAUUCAACCAAAGAACAGGUUUCCAGAUAAUCCUCACAGAGCAGAUUCUCUACUUUUAUUAUUCAAGGAUAAUAGCAAUAUCUUUGCUAUGCCCAGGUACUCUCCUGUCUUUACAGACACUCAUCUAAUCCUCAUAAAAACUCUGUGAAGUAGGUAUAAUUGUCAUUGCUUAGGAACAGGGAAUCAAGGUUACCUAAUUUGCUCAAGGAUGCACAAAGAAUAAGUGGAGGAACUAGGAUUUAAAACUCAGUUCUCUGGCUCCAGAAUCUGUUGACCCACCAUACCACUAUCCUGUGCCUCCAGCUGCACCACUGAAGGUGUGUAUGUGUAUGCGUGUGUGUGUGUGUGUGUGUGUAUGUUUGUGUUUGUGUAUGCAUGUGCACAUGCAUGUGUGCACAAGGUAUAGGAAGAAGAAGAAUUGCUGCAGAGUAACUGCCCCACAUCAUCAGACCCAGCAACUCUGCUCUUCCUGGCUUUGUUUACAUUCAGAAAUAUCAGUUUAUUGAGGAUUUCCCUGUCUUUUCUAGAGAUUGUGACUCUUCCAAAAAGAAUUAUGUGGUUCAAAGGGAGGAGAGAGGGCCUACAGCCUGGUAUUCACCCACGUAGAAUCAGUCCCCCACCUCCAAAAAGGUUCAGGGUCAUACCUGUCACAGGUUUAAUGUCCAGACUCCCCUAUUCUAUCCUCAGGCAGUGCACCAUUUAGACUAAAAUAAUAUGAGCAGGAUCAUCUGAUUAGAUGCAGCCUGCGACACCAGUUGACUGUGCCUCAACCCUCUGGAGCUGAGAUCCAAGUCACCCUUGUCACUCUGCUCCUUUCCCUGCCACCUCCAGCCUCCGCCUCCACAUGUUGACUCAGGCCCUUGAGGCAGGCCCUGGAGAUAUUGCUGUCUCUGAGGAGGGGGAGGAGUGUCGGCCCAAUCCUUCACCCCUAUAACUAAUCCCAACUGGAAAACUCCACAGGGAGCAGCAGCUAAGAGAAAACUGCUGCUUCUGAGUCCCAGGGCAGCAGAUGAAGCUGGAGUCAGACAAGCAUCCAGCUAAGAAUUACGCUGGGUCUCGAGGACUUGGCGUUGCCAUAUCCAAGGACCCCUGCUACAAGUAGGUCCCUUAGAGAAAAGGAUAUUUGGGUCUGGGGGUGUAGCUCAGUUAUAGCACUUGCCUAGCCUACAUGAGGCCCCAGUUUUGAUAUUCAGAUACAAAGAGAAAGAAAAUUUGAAUAGAAAAAGAAUGGACCAGGUUAUAAGAAAGAGAAAUCCUGCUUAUCAUAGAUUUCUGUCCUCAGAACAUUUUUUGAGGUGGGGGGAAGAGCAAAAGCCUCACAAAUUUGUAGAAAGUCCUGUUUGCAUCCUAAUCGCUGGUAAGAGGGCUGUAAAUAUGCCCUCUUACCUGGUGUCUUCGUCUCUUUUGGGUGCUAUAACAAAAUACCUGAAGCUGGGUACUUCUUAAAGAGAUUUAUUUUGCUCACAGUUUAAAAAGAAGAAAAUACAGAAUUAUGUGGCCUCAAUACCUCUAGGUAGGGUUCCCCUGGCUGCAUCACAUCAUGGUAAAUAAUAUCAUAGCAGGAGCACAUGUGAGAGGGAGAGACAGAAAGCAUGGUGAGACAGAAAGCAAGAAAGAGCUGGGUGUGGUAGUGUGUGCCUGUAAUCCUAACCACUCAGGAAUUUGAGGCAGGAGAUUAGUAAGUUUGAGGUCAACCUCAGCAACUUAGGGAGACCUGAUCUCAAAAUAAAAAAAUAAAAAGAUAAAAAGGAUUGGGGAUGUAGCUCAGUG